AUGCAUGGGGUUGUGUUGCGUCGAGUAGCGGGACAGGGUGUGAAGGACUUGGAUGGACUGAGUUUCUUAAUAGGAUGCAAUGUUGCUCAGUUCACUCGUCAGGAUUUCUGUUUGAUCACAUGGCUUUGUUUUGGGGAAGUGCCUGAAGUUUCUAGUGGAGAAAGUGAUGAAAUUAGACUUCAUAAAAGAUAUUUUGUAGACGAAGGAAUUACAUGUAAUGCUUUAGAAGAAGCAUUUCUGAGGUGCACAGAGGAAGAUGACAUCUACAAGGUAGCUCUUGUUUACUUUGCUGAGUUAGUGAUUUUGGGAAGGGACAAGCAUUUGAACAUCAAUGUAAAUUACCUGGCCCUUGUAGAGGACUUGGAUGCGUUCAACAGGUAUCCGUAG